AUGGAUCUUCUUGGCAACCUCACUUACAAGGAGGACCUUAACCAGAUUAAAAGCAUCUUUAGUGAAGCUGAAUUGGACAAUGGGGGUUGCUUGGAUAUGCUGGAGUUUAGGCAGGCUAUACAGAAUUUUAGGGAUGAUUUGGAUGAAGAGGUUAUUGACACAGUCUUCAUGAAAGUAGAUGUCAGCAAUGAUGGCACAAUUAACUGGUGCAAAUAUCUAGAUUACACAGUACAAGAGUACCAACAAAAAGAAGCUUUACAAAAAUUCAGUUUGUCUAAUUUUUUCCCGAAACCAAUGGAAUUUGCUGCAAAAUGUCACUCUGAUAUCAUUGUAAAGCUUCUGUUCAAGGAUAUUCCUAAAGAUUAUGUAAGCAGUAUGUCCACUAACAGGAAUCCGCCUGGAGAAUACUUAUCGAUUAGCCGGGAUGGUGAACUCAUUAAAUGGAGCGAUGACUUCACAUUGCUUCAUAAGGUCAACAUUAAUAAGACAGAUGACAACUGCAAAAAAGAUAAGUGGGUAAUAGACAUGGCUUGGCUGUAUGAAUUGCACAUGGUAGCUGUUUGCACAACAUACAGCGAUAUUGAAUUUUUUGACCUUAUUUCACCAGAUUGUAAAAAAGAGUUGUCCCUAACAGCAAUUGACAACUGUGCUGUGACCAUCAGCUACUGGUCAAAUGGCAAAAAAGGAGUGUUCUGUAGUGGAGAUGAUAAAGGAGGUGUGAUGGUGUUCAUGUCUUCUGAUAUCAAUAUUUAUGGCCUGUUUAAUAUGAAUGCUGAGAGUACAACCGGGAGAUCCAAUAAAAUUUCUGUUCGAGAUCAGCUUAAGAGUAAAUCCAGAAACCAUAUGUGUUUCAGAAUUCCAAGCCUCCAUGAAGGCUGGUGUAAACAAAUAAGGUAUAUUCCAGAUCUCAAUGCAGUUGUCACCUGCUCUGCCCUAAGUGACACUGGCAUGGUAGUAACAAAGCUUCCUUAUUCUAGACGAAACAAAAUUCGAAAUAAGUUGUUUGAUUCAAAAAAGGGGAUACUUUGCUUUGACUAUUCCACCAAGAGCAGAAGCCUAUUCACAGGUGGAUUUGAUUGCAUUGUGAGAGAAUGGAAUCCCUAUAUACCCAAUAAUUGCAUGUUUCAGAUGGAAGGACAUCAUUCUCCAGUUCAGCAUAUUGCAGUCAACAGUCAGAGCCUCAAGAUUAUUAGCAUUUCAAGAGAUGAUGAAUUACGUGUCUGGGAUUUGCUGACAGGAAGUUGUCUUCAAAAAUUACCAUUAACUGUAGGAGGACUGCCCAUCUUUUGUUUCUGUUACCAUGAAAGCACUAAUUUACUUGUUGUAGCUGCUGCAGAGAUUGGUAUUCUCUAUGGUAUAGAAAAAAGCAGGGAGUGGGAAUACACUUCACAUGAAGAACCUCUUUGUACAAUUCUGUACAGCAGUAGCUUUAAGCAGGUUGUUAGCGGUUGCAUUGGAGGCUUUGUUUGUGUAUGGGAUAUCCUGACAGGGAAGAAGGUAGUGCAAUUCAUGAAUACAGAAGAUAGGAAAGCAGCUAUCACAGCAAUGGCAUUUGAUGACCUACAAAGACGCUUAAUCACAGGCUGCAAAGAUGGGACUGUCAGGAUUUGGAACUUCAACAAUGGAGAACUCCUUAGUGACCUGCAGAAGGUGGAUAAAACAAUGGUGACUGACAUAGUGUACAUUGACAAGAAGAUUUAUAUCUCCGGUUGGCUUAAACGACUUGUCUGGUAUUCGGACGCUAAGAAAGAUGAAGAAAUUGAUUCCAAGCAGUGGAAAUGCUACCACAAAGAAAACGUUCGGUUUAUGGUAGCCUAUGAUAGCCAGCUACUGAUAACAGUUUCCUACAUUGGCAACAUUAUUGCAUGGAGUACUGAAGUGGGUGAACCCCUUUUCAGAUUUAAUCCUGAACGUAGCCUCCGACCCCUUGAUCCUAUCCGGGUUUUUGAUAAAGUGCAUCCUGUCCUAGAUACUACUACCAAUCUCAGUCCAAGUGAUACUUCCACUCACCUAAGUUUACUGAAUGAUAAAACUAGAGGCAAAACAAGAGAAUCAUCUUCGGCUGCAAGUGAAAGAGAACUGACUUCUUCAUUUACCAGUCAGUCAACCAGACUCAUUCCAUCCAAACAUGGUGAAGAGCUUGUUGGGAGUUCAUUGGAUGAUAACUCAAAAAAGAAUGUGAAUGCUAAUAAUAGCAUUUUGUCUUCUCCACAAGUGACAGAGAAGUCAGGCACUGACGAAAUUCUAGACAAGCCCAAAAUAACUGUUGAGAAACUGUACUUUUUACACUCACGGAAGCUUGGUCCAGAUGCUGCAACUCUUCUUACAAGUGCCUCUGAUGGUUAUAUUUUAGCCUGGUCUGUACAUCCUGAUGGGGGCCUUCUGGGAAAGUUUAAAGCUGUCACUUUCAAUGCAUCCUUUAUCACCACAAUGACCACAGAUGAAAAUGAUGAAAUACUUAUUACAGGAGAUACAAAUGGUUACAUCAAGAUUUGGGACAUUGAGAAUUACUGCUGUAGUAAUAAAAUACUUAAGGAAAAUGGUGAUAGUGUUGAGAUUUCAGGGAGUGAAGUGAAGCUCAAAGACCUGAUUCCACUGUACUGUAGAAUUAGGGGAAGUAACUCCCAUAUAAAGGGUGAAUAUGAGGCCCAUGGUGAAUGGAACGUCUGUCUGGACACACCUGACUUACUGUGCUCCUUUAGGUCACAUCUGAGUAGGUUGGUUCAAGUUCAGUUUGUGGCCCGAUUCCAACUUAUAAUCACAGCAAGUUUAGAUUGCAAUAUUCGUCUGUGGAAGAUCUCAGGCCAUUAUAUUGGUAACUUCGGCCAAUCUCUGUGGCAGCUCGGUAUUUUUGACGCCAAUGGAAAAGUACCAAUAGAUUUAAAGAGAGCAGGCUCUUACCAGACUCUGAAAGUACUGAAUGAAGGAAUCAAUCCCUUCUGGAGGUGUGAUUUCCUGGCAGAUUUCCAUGAGCUGCUAUUGAGUGGAGAGAGUACCACCCACCAUUUUAAGGAAAUUGCCAAAAUUGCCUGUUUCCCUGAGGAAGAAAAGGGUCCUGUGGGUCAAAUAGAGAUUGACAUUGAAAUCCCUAUUUUGCAUCCAAGUGAACUAUCCCAACCAAGUCAAACACAGAAUUCAGCAACAGAAGAUGCAACCAUCAGUGUAGGGCAGGAAUCUUGA